AUGGAUGUGGGUGCUUUUGGAUAUCCUCCCUUUCCUUAUUAUCCAUAUUCAAGCAUAUCUAGCCACCCUCUUUUUGGAUCUUUCAAUAGGUCUAUUGGUGUUAGGAUGGAAUCAAUGAUACAUAAGCCUAAUGCUUAUCAAUGGCCAACACAGGAUGGAUACCGGUUCAACAACCAUAGUGGAGGUGGCGUUGGUACUGGUGUCGGUGGUGUUGGGUGGGGGAGGCAGGCUAUCAUGAAUCCACAACCUUCCAUUGAUAGACUAAACCUUGAUGGGUUUCAGAAUAAUAAUAUUGGUGGUGGAGGAUUAGGGCUCGCAGGAACUUCAGACUCUAAUAAUUCUUCUUCUUCAAGGUUUGAAGAAAGUAGUGCAAUUCGGAAUUUGAGUGUUUCUACUACUGCUACUACUAGUAGUAAUAAUAUUGUUUCUGGUUCAGACAUGGUCACCAAUAGGCUGACAGUUUCUGAUUUUAUCUGGAGAAGUGAAGCUAUGAAAACCGAUCAUGCUGAUGUUACAGAACUUGAUUUGUCUCUUAAGCUUUAG